AUGCCUAUUAUUUCAGCCAUCAUCGCGUUUACCAUCCAUCAACAUGAUAUCAGGUCUGUUGUAGAUCUGGGCGCGCAACAAGCCCGCAGACGGCCACGUAAACCAGAAAUGCGCCCCCAAAGGGUCGACGACCCCAGUGAAGAAGCCCCCGACGGCCCAGAAGGGGUCGGUGAAGACCCCGGGCCCCAAGGCCCAGCAGCAGGCAGUCGCCAAAGCGCCGCCCCCCGUCCCCGUCAAGAAGGACAACAAGAAGAAGAGGCACCAGCAGCACGACCUCAUAGUCACCAUCAACCUGGUCAGUGACUUGAACUAUA